GCGCCUAGUGGUGGCGGGUCCGCGGUCGGGUGUGUGACGGGAGGCAGUCUGUGAAGGCCACUGCGCCCCCCAGGGACUCGACGCCAUGAGCAGCACCUUAGCAAAGAUCGCAGAGAUCGAAGCCGAGAUGGCUCGGACUCAAAAGAACAAGGCCACAGCACACCACCUAGGACUGCUUAAGGCUCGCCUUGCUAAGCUUCGUCGAGAACUCAUUACUCCAAAAGGUGGUGGUGGUGGUGGGCCAGGAGAAGGUUUUGAUGUGGCCAAGACAGGCGAUGCUCGAAUUGGGUUUGUGGGUUUUCCCUCUGUGGGGAAGUCAACACUGCUCAGUAACCUGGCAGGAGUAUAUUCCGAGGUGGCAGCCUAUGAGUUCACUACCCUGACCACUGUGCCUGGUGUCAUCAGAUACAAAGGUGCCAAGAUCCAGCUCCUGGAUCUCCCAGGUAUCAUUGAAGGUGCCAAGGAUGGGAAAGGUAGAGGCCGUCAAGUCAUUGCAGUGGCCCGAACCUGUAACUUGAUCCUGAUUGUUCUGGAUGUCUUGAAACCCUUGGGACAUAAGAAGAUAAUUGAAAAUGAGCUGGAAGGCUUUGGCAUUCGCUUGAAUAGCAAACCUCCCAAUAUUGGUUUUAAGAAAAAGGACAAGGGAGGCAUUAAUCUCACAGCCACUUGCCCUCAGAGUGAGCUAGAUGCUGAAACUGUGAAGAGCAUUCUGGCUGAAUACAAAAUUCAUAAUGCCGAUGUGACUCUGCGUAGUGAUGCCACCGCUGAUGACCUCAUUGAUGUGGUGGAAGGAAACAGAGUUUAUAUCCCCUGUAUCUAUGUGUUAAAUAAGAUUGACCAGAUCUCCAUUGAGGAAUUGGAUAUCAUCUAUAAGGUGCCUCAUUGUGUACCCAUCUCUGCCCAUCAUCGCUGGAAUUUUGAUGACCUGUUGGAAAAGAUCUGGGACUAUCUGAAACUAGUGAGAAUUUACACCAAACCCAAAGGCCAGUUACCAGAUUAUACAUCCCCAGUGGUACUGCCUUACUCCAGGACCACAGUGGAGGAUUUCUGCAUGAAGAUUCACAAAAAUCUUAUCAAAGAAUUUAAAUAUGCUCUGGUCUGGGGUCUCUCUGUGAAACACAAUCCUCAGAAAGUGGGUAAAGACCAUACGCUGGAGGAUGAGGAUGUCAUUCAGAUUGUGAAGAAGUGAAACCUUCCUCUUUUCCCAUAUGCUGGGUCAUCCACAUCAGCUUUCCCCAUGACCAAGCAACGUGCCCCAACCCUUUGUGGUUUUGGCAGCCAUUGGAUCAGGGGAGGGAGAUGGAGGCACUCAAACUGGAACUUCAUUUGUUUUAUCUUGGUGUUACCUUGUAUGUUGAACUGCAUAAAAGAUCUGCUAGGCCAGUUGGCUGUGUGCAGUU